UCCACUAAAACCAAGUUCAGUCUCAUCAUCUCAUGCCUUCUUCAUAAAUUGAUUAGAAUAAUCCUUUUACACUACAUCAACUUAAUCAUGGAAUAAGGAAUAACUGUUAGCAAUUUGUGUCUUUAGCCUAUCUUUAGUACAGUAUUCAAUACCAAACUAAAACAUAAAUGAAGUAAAGAUAGUGUUGUAUGAUCAUGAAUUUAAAUACUACUGGCUACAACUUUCUGUUUCUUAACAAGUAAUGCUAAACAUUUGUCUUUUAAUUUUACAUACAUUCAAUGACUAGGUAUUUUGGUAGAGAGUUAGUCUUGUACCAACGUGUUUCAGGAAGCAACUGAUCCAUGCCAACAUGGGUUAUGUACCACAAAGGACAACGGUCACGAUCAUUAUGAAUGUAUAUGUGUCGAAGGAUGGACGAGUCGCAACUGUGAUUUAAUUGACGUCUGCACACCAUACAAGGAAGCCGAUAUUGUAUUUUUCCUGGACACCUCUCUAAGUGGUGGUUACGGAACGAUAGGCAAACAAAAGGAAUACGUCAAAAACUUUAUGUCCAAAUACCGAACUGGACCACCAAACAACCGCUAUCAAUUUAGUCUUGUGACAUAUUCCCUUCAGGCGACAGUCCAUUUUUACUUGAAUACCUAUAACAAUGACACAGAUUUACAAAAUGCUGUUGAUCUAGUUGAUGAUAACUGUGGUGGUCCAAGUUUUACAGGAAACGCUCUGAGUAAAGUCCGUCAAGACGUCUUUCUGUCGGUCAACGGUGCAAGAGAUAACACCGUCGUGGAUCGUUUUGUGAUUUUAUUGACAGAUGGGCUAUCGUCGGAUCCGACGGAUGUAAUGCAGGAAGCCAUUUAUCUAAAAGCUAACGGCGUGAAAAUAUAUACAAUCGGUAGUGGAAUGUCUGUUCUUCAUGAGAAGUUGCUGGAGAUAUCGUCAUUUAAAGACCAUGUGUUUCCAAUGGCAACAGAAGAUUCUCUACACACUCUAUUCAAAUAUACCAUGUUCGGUUGUGAGAGUUGUUCAACAAACGUGUCAGAUGUUGCAGUAUUGAUGGAUGUGUCAGCUAAUAUAAAACCUAAAGAGUUUGACACCCAACUCAAAGCUGCCAUACAUUUGCUGGGGAUUACUGACGUCGGACUAAAUGCCACUCAGUUUAGUUACUCCACGUUCACGAAUACAAUGCACAACAUCUACAGCUUUGAUAAAUACAGUGAGCGAGUUGAUCUUAUUGCAGAGGUUAGUAAGAAAACAAAGCAUGUGUUUUCUACAAACGGUGACGUCGCAAACGCCCUGGGUGACUUGUACCAAAAUGGAUUUUCUUCCUCAAAAGGGUCAAGGUCGGAAGCUAGACAGAUUGUAGUUUUGAUCACUUCUGGACAACUUGGUGAUAUGGAACAAGUUAAAGCGGAAGCAAAGCGACUGAAAGACUCUGGAAAGAUAAUUAUAACGAUAGGUACCGGAUUGAGCGCAAACAUGACAAAUUUACUAGAAAUCUCUUCCGAUCCUGCCUUUACUUACAUUAUAGGGGAUGACGUUUAUACCGACUUCGAUGUUCUUGACUCGCUGAAGACUACGUUUGUAUAUGACUACUGUUCAAAUGUUUGAUGACUUAAUGCAUCAAUCACAUUUUUUUCAUUGUGUCAAGUUAAUAAUAAAAGUACAAGAUAUCGAAAACGAUACUAGAAAGAACAGCUAACUUCCUUAAUUUUCAUAUCACCUUCAAUAAUGAGACUAACGCUUUUGGGCGUGUUUUAGGCGUGUUUUUACAUAUUUUACUGACUAAAAAGGUGUUGUUGUAGAUAAAAAGUUCCUAAAACGUACAUAUUCACCUUAAAAUUUUGUUCUAUGGCCACUGCUAACAAAAAAAUCCUUUUGCAAAAUAUUUGACUAAAGUUAAACUCGUAGAACUUAAUAAGAUCGUACUUGUUGUUCAUUAGUCUGUCUAAAAAGUCCUCUACAAAAGUCGUGGUAACACUUCAGUGUACACUAAAUCGGAUGGUGCAGUCUCGCGCAUUAUUAACUGUUAACAUUUCUAUUUAUAUGAGCUUAUUUUAUGUUUUUGUUCUCAUACUACAUAUUUAUUUAUACUCACCUCAACAAUGUACAAAUCUUUAUGGAACAUUUGAUAUGUAUUACAUGUAUUUAAAUAUUAUCACCUACUAUGUAGACAAUAAUUAAGAAAUAAUUCAUAGCAAAAG